AUGGCGAAUUUCCUUUUCAACCCAGGUGAUGACCCAACCAGUCAUAAUUUUUUACACCAUAGUGAUAAUCCUAGUGCCUUGAUCAUUUCUGAGGUCUUUAAUGGAGAAAAUUAUACUUCUUGGAGUCGUUCAAUCUCAAUGGCAUUGAGUGUAAAGAACAAGCUAGCCUUCAUUGAUGGUUCAUUACCGGCCCCAAAUCCACCUUCUGGUGUCAUACACAAUUGUUGGGUUCGUGCUAAUGACUUGGUACUGUCUUGGUUAUUAAAUUCCAUCAAUAAAGAAAUUCGUCAAAGCCUAUUGUAUAUUUCAUCUGCCCAUGAAGUUUGGAAUGAACUCAAAGCAAAGUAUAUUCGAAGCGAUGGCCCUAGAGUAUAUCACCAGGAAAAAUCCCUCAACUCUAUCUCUCAAGGUUCACAGUCACUCACUGCGUAUUACAAUUCAUUUAAAGCCACAUGGGAUGAGUACAUCAGCUGUAGAACUCUGCCUAAAUACAACUGUGGAAUGCUCUCUAGUUGUAUGUGUGAUAUACUACAUAGCAUUUCUGAUACUCAACAAUCAGAUGCUGUUAUGAAGUUCCUCAUAGGACUCAAUGAAUCUUAUUCUGCAUUGAGAAGCCAACUAUUACUGACUUCUCCAUUACCACCACUUGCUCGAGUAUAUGCACUUCUUCUCCAAGAAGAGAACCAAAGAGAGCUGCAUACUGAUUCAUUCCCAGAGUCUGUUAUAAAUGUUUCCAACUCAUUGGCUACCCAGCUGGUUGGAAAGGACCCAGAGGAUUACGAAUGA